AGGAAUAUUUCCGUGAAUAUCUUCGCGAAGUUAUUGGUAUUAAUACGAUGAAUGAAGACUGGUGAAUAUCUAAACAUAACUAAAUAACAAUUACGAUGUUGCAAUGUAAUGUCGAUAAUAUUUGAGUAUGCUUACCAAUAUCUAAUUCGAAAAAAAAUAUUCUUUAAUAAACAAAUAUCAUGACAAUUCUCUAACUUCUAGAGGUUAUGUUGCUAAGUAACUAAUUUUGUAUUAAGUUAACGAAUUCGUGAAAGAAUUAAUUCUUUGCAAUAAACAUUGCGAAAAUGGCAUAUUUAACAAGAAAAGAAAUAGAUGAAAUGAAACCACAAAUUGAGAAAGCAGUUCACAAAUUUCUUGGUUUUGGGGAGCCUGCUAUUGUUACAACGGCUGUCAAUUGUAUUACUUCAGGUUAUGAUAAACGCAAAACAGCAGAUAAAUUAUCUGCUCUGCUAGAAGAUAAAAAAGCUUCAAAACUAACUGAGAAAAUAUUUACAAUAUAUGAUGAUGCUAAAGCAGCACAAAAAAAUAAAAAACGAAAUCAUGUGGAAGAUAAGGAUAAAGAUAAAGAUGCGAAAAAACCCAGAUUUAAAGAUGAUGAAGUCAAAAAUGAAAAAACGACAGAAGCACAGUUAUCUGCGGAUAAGAUAAGACAAAUGAUGGCUAAUGCUCAAAGAGAAAUUGAAGAAAGAAAAAGGGCAUUAAAAGCUAUAAAACAAGAAGAAGCUGCUCCGAUGAAACCUCUACUGAAAACACGAGAUUCCUUACCAACCGUAGGAAGCAUGUAUAAUCAGGGUUUACUAAGUAAAACAGAUUCUGACAAAGCACGAAAAAUUGCUGCUUUACAAGCUCAAAUUAGAAGUAAACUAAGUUCUGGACUACUGGGUAACGUUAGCAUCCCAGAUAAACCAACGCCUUUGAUCUUAGAUGAAUCUGGAAGAACUGUAGAUAUAACAGGCAAGGAAGUACAGCUUACACAAGUAGUACCAACAUUAAAAGCUAAUAUUCGAGCAAAGAAACGUGAAGAAUUUAAAGCCCAAUUGCAAGAAUCAAAAGGACCAGAAGAGAUCCAAGAUACACACUUUUUUGAUACUAGAAUAGGGGUCAAACCGGCAGUACGAGGCAAACGUACACUCAAAUUUCAUGAACCUGGAAAAUUCCAGCAAUUGGCAGAAAGAAUUCGUAUGAAAGCCCAAUUAGAGAAGUUACAAAAUGAAAUUAGUCAAAUUGCUAGAAAAACUGGUAUAAGUUCAGCAACUAAAUUAGCCCUCAUAGCACCGAAAACGGAAGCUCUUAGCGAAGAUGUGCCUAAUGUAGAAUGGUGGGAUUCUGUUAUAUUAACAGGAGGUUACCCAAACGAAGAUGAACCUACUACUAUCAAAAGUUCCACUAUUACAAAUCUUGUAGAACAUCCGACGCAAAUGCGGCCACCAACUGAUCCUCUGAAACCAAUAUACAUGCCCGUAUUUUUAACAAAAAGAGAACGCAAAAAAUUACGCAGGCAAAAUAGACGAGAGGCAUGGAAAGAAGAACAAGAAAAAAUUCGAUUAGGUCUUGAACCUCCUCCAGAGCCAAAAUUACGAAUUUCAAAUCUUAUGCGAGUAUUAGGCACAGAAGCUGUACAAGAUCCUACGAAAAUAGAAGCUCACGUCCGACAACAAAUGGCUAAAAGGUUAAAAGCACAUGAGGAUGCUAAUGCAGCUCGAAGACUUACUGCUGAUCAGAGACGAGAAAAGAAGGCAAGAAAACUUAAAGAGGAUACCACACUUGGUGUACAUGUCGCUGUUUAUAGAAUACGUGAUCUUUUAAAUAACGCUUCAAAGAAAUUUAAAGUGGAAACAAAUGCAAAGCAACUUUAUCUAACAGGCUGUGUAAUGCUUUUCCGAGACUGCAAUGUCGUUGUAGUCGAAGGAGGAGCAAAACAAUUAAGUAAAUAUAAACGAUUAAUGAUGACUCGAAUCAAAUGGGAAGAAGAUAUUAUAAAAGAUAAUGACGGGAAUGAUGUGCCGAAUAAAUGCGUUCUUGUAUGGGAAGGAACUAGUAAGCAACGGCAUUUUGGAGAAAUUAAAUUCAAAGUUUGUCCCAUUGAAAAGAUGGCACGAGAGCACUUUAAAAAACAUCAAGUUGAACACUAUUGGGAUUUAGCUUAUAGUGGAGCAGUACUUGAUAAUACUGACGAUGUUCAUUCUUAGAGAUAGAUUUUGUAAUUUCAGCAAUAAAUAUUAACACGCUAAUAUGGACACAAUCAUAGAUAAUUGCAAUACAUCUUAAAUCAAUAAUUAUUAAAUAAUUAUGGGAGCAAAAAAUAGCAAAAAAUGGACAAUGUAAACAAUGGCACACGGAGCGAAAAUAAAAGUGCUCAAGGCCUCUUCAGUAACAGUUUUAUUUUUAAGUAGUUAUAGAAACCCAUCCAAAAUGUGAAAUGAAAUUGUUCAAAUUAUUUCUAAUAAUUCAAUCUAAGAUCACAUCUUUUAUUUGUUAAAUCAAAUAAAUUUUCUCUUUUGAAGAAUUCUAUUGUUAUUACUAUAAUUCAAAACAAAGAUCUAAGACAUAAAGUGUGUUGCUUUAUAAUUUCUAUCUAAU